AGAAUGGCUAUCAAUUUAAAUGCAAAGAACGAUAAUAUUAUUAACCUAAUAGAAAAACCUAAAGAGAAAUUCAUCAAAAGCCCAAGAUAUCAAUCGAUUCAUAAAGAACGAAUGAAACGCGAGAUUGCUAAUACAAAAAGUGAACAUAAGACUUUCGGGGUUCCGAAAGUAUCGUUGAACUUGCCAUCAGAUUUUUUGAAGAAAAAUCAUUUAAACGCGGAGAAGCCAAAGGUCAAUCAUGUGCAUUACCGACGUCCGAAUUAUCAACAUAAUCUACCAAAGUGGACACCCAUUAAAAUGCGUACAACCACAUCCUACGGCCAGUUUCCAGAGUUUCCCCACGAUCCCCUUAAAAUUGGUAGAUUGAAUUUUCGCAAACGGAAUAUCGAGAAUGUCAAAAAUUUUGCUGGAAAACAUAUAAAUUUGAAUCUUGCCUAUACCCGACAUGGUGACAAUCACGAUCUGAUACGUAGUGGCUUAAUACCGAUUUAUAUUCAUAAGAAGAAUUUUGGUGUAGUGCCAACUUAUUUAAGAAAAGGGUCAUUUACAAAAUGUCCAAAUAAAAAACGUCAAGAUCAAACAGAUGAAUUAAACGAACAACAUAGCUAUGGAAAAUCUUGUAGAUAUGUUACUCAAGAUGAAAAAGCAAAAUUAGUAAAAGAGAUGAAAAAGAAAUGGGCAGAAAUUAUGAAGCAAUUUCAAUGUCUACCAUUUCUUAUAGAUACUGUAGCAAAAAUUAAAAGAAAAAUUACAAUAGAACAGAAAUUGAAUCAGCUUGAAAAAGACAUUGAAUUGCUUGAAAAUCAUCAAUAUAUUUAUGUUUACGAUGAUGCAGAUAUAAAACAGUAA